AUGGUUUGUGUGGCCUUGCGCUUUUUUGCUAGUGGAGCCUUCCUGUACUCAGUGGGGGAUGCAGAACAGCUGAACAAGGCCACAAUUUGCCGCACAAUAAUGAGUGCGUGUCUGGCUAUCAAAGCAUUAGCAGAUGUCUUCAUCUCCUUCCCUGGCCACAGAAUACUCUGUGACAUCAAAGAGGAGUUCUAUAGGAUUGCAGGUUUCCCCAAUGUCAUUGGUGCAGUGGACUGCACACACAUAAGGAUAAAAGCCCCCUCAGGUGCCCAUGAGGCCGAUUUUGUGAAUAGGAAAUCCUUUCACAGCAUUAAUGUUCAGAUGGUCUGCAAUGCUGACUGUGUGAUCAGCAAUGUUGUGGCAAAAUGGCCUGGCUCAGUCCAUGACUCCAGAAUCUUUCGGGCCUCUGAAAUCUAUCAGUGCCUAUCACAAGUUGAAUUCUCUGGUGUGUUGCUGGGAGACCGGGGGUAUGGCUGCCAGCCUUUUCUCCUGACACCUUUCACAGACCCCCAGGAAGCACAGCAGGCCUACAACCAUGCCCAUGCCAGGACCAGGGCCAGAGUUGAAAUGACCUUUGGCCUCCUGAAGGCACGCUUUCACUGCCUUCACAAAUUAAGGGUCAGCCCUGUUGGGGCAUGUGAUGGUACUGUGGCUUGUGCUGUCCUCCACAAUGUGGCCUGCCUGAGGAAGGAGAGGGCCCCCAGAGUGCCACCAGCCAUGGACUGGGACAAUCCGAUUGUGGUUCAAUCAAACCGCAGUAGUUGGCUUCAGAAUGCCCCAGGCUUAUCUGAGGUUUCUGUCCCAUGA